AUGAGGAAGCUGCAGCAGGUGCUGUGCGUCCUGCUGUUGUGUGUUCUCCAACUCUGCAGCGCUCAGACACAAGGAGUGGUCGUUUGUUCCGGCACCCAAAAUGCUCUGAGCACGACGGGAAAUUCAGAGAUCCAGUACAGCCUGAUGAAGGACCUUUACAACAACUGUGAGAUUGUGAUGGGCAACCUUGAGAUUACCAUGAUGGAGCACACCAGAGACUUCUCCUUCCUGAAGUCUAUCAGGGAGGUGACAGGCUACAUCCUGUUCGCCAUCAACGAGUUCAGCCGCCUGCCUCUGGACCAACUGCGAGUGAUCAGAGGCAACACGCUGUAUGAGGACCAGUACGCUUUGGCUGUGAUGGUCAACUACCAGAAGGAAGGGCAGCACGGCCUGCAAGAACUGGGCCUGACACACCUCACAGAGAUACUGCAGGGAGGAGUCAAAAUCAUCCAGAAUAAGUACCUGAGUUACGCCCCGCUGGUGAACUGGCAGGACAUAUUGAAGGAUGGGACAGCUCAUAUUAUGAUCCAGGGCAAUGGUCCUGAAAAGCCUUGUAACGAAGCGUGUGGAGACCUUCCAUGUUGGGAUUCAGGAAAUGACACGUGCCAGAUCCUGACAAAGACUGUGUGCGCCGCUCAGUGCAACGGCCGAUGCCUCGGUAGAAACCCGAGCGACUGUUGUCACAUUGAGUGUGCCGGAGGCUGCACUGGAUCUCUGGAUACAAACUGCUUUGCUUGCAGGAACUUCAACAACUCGGGCGCCUGUGUGCCUCUCUGUCCCCAGACCCUCAUCUACAACAAGCACACAUUCAAACUGGAGCCCAACCCCAAUGCCAAGUAUCAGUAUGGCUCCAUCUGUGUGGCCCAGUGCCCCCCUAACUUUGUGGUGGAUGAAAGCUCAUGUGUGAGCAGUUGCCCGUCUAAUAAAAUGGAGGUGGAGAAAAACGGAGUGAAACGAUGUGAACCCUGUGGAGGCCUCUGUCCAAAAGCUUGCCAUGGCACAGGAAGUCCAACCAGACAGACUGUAGACGCUCUUAACAUCGACAGUUUCAUAAACUGCACUAAGAUCCAGGGCAGCCUGCACUUCCUGGUGACUGGGAUCAUAGGUGAUAAGUACAACGAUGUACCAGCCCUCGAUCCAGAGAAACUGAAAAUCUUCAACACUGUGAGGGAGAUUACAGAUAUCCUCAGUAUUCAGUCGUGGCCUAAAAACUUGUCCGACCUGUCAGUCUUCUCCAACCUCCAAGCAAUUCAGGGCAGAACGCUUUACAAAGGAGUGAGCUCUAAAAGGGGCUACUCUCUUCUGGUGAUGAAGAUCCAGUCUUUGACCUCGCUGGGAUUACGCUCGCUGCGAAUAAUAAACGAUGGCGGAGUGUACAUCACAGGAAACAAGAAGCUCUGCUACCAUAACACGGUUAACUGGACGCGUAUCUUGACCAGCGGCUCUCGUCCACAGCGACGCCAGAAACACAUCGACGUCAAGGAGAACAGAUCAAGUAAUCAGUGUGUUAAUGAGGGCCAUGUGUGCGACCCCCUGUGCUCCUCUAAUGGCUGCUGGGCCCCGGGGCCAAACCAGUGUCUGUCCUGUAAGAAAUACAGCCGGGGAGGAACGUGCGUGCCAGACUGCAUGUUCUUAACUGGGAAGAGGAGGGAGUUUGCUACUCAAUCAGGGGAGUGUAUGCCCUGCCACCCUGAGUGUAAGGUCCAGGAGGGGAAGCAGACCUGCACUGGCCCGGGAGCAGAUCAGUGUGUAGCUUGUGCCAGCCUCAAGGACGGCCCACACUGUGUCUCCUCCUGUCCUGAGGGCGUGAUGGGAGGAGAGGAAGUCAUCUUUAAGUACCCCACUAAUCAAGGCCGCUGUGAACCGUGCCACAUCAACUGCACCAAAGGGUGCUACGGCUCAGGAAUUGGAGAAUGUGGGUCAUACCGGUACAUUUCUGGACAAGCGACCACAGGCAUCGUGCUGGGAGUGAUUGCCCUUCUCUUCGCUUCAUUCUCUGUUUUCGUGCUAACUGUUCUGUACCGCCGAGGUCUCGCCAUUCGUCGCAAGCGAGCCAUGAGGAGAUACAUGGAGAGUGGAGAGAGUUUUGAGCCUCUGGAUCCGGGAGAGAAAGGGGCUAAAGUCCACUCUCGGAUCCUGAAGCCCACAGAGCUGCGUAAGAUCAAGCUGCUGGGUAACGGAGUGUUUGGAUCGGUCCAUAAGGGCAUUUGGAUCCCGGAGGGUGAUACAGUGAAGCUUCCUGUGGCCAUAAAGACGAUUCACGAUCGCAACGGUCGACAGACUUUCUAUGAGCUGACAGAUCACAUGAUGACCAUCGGCAGCAUGGACCACAUAAACGUUGUCAGGACUCUGGGUAUCUGUCCCGGCGCCAGCCUGCAGCUCGUCACCCAGCUCAGCGGUCAGGGCUCUCUACUGGAGCACGUCAGGAACAACAAGAACAAACUCAGCCCGCAGAGGCUGCUCAACUGGUGUGUUCAAAUCGCAAAGGGUAUGUAUUACCUGGAGGAGAACAGGUUGGUCCACAGGAACCUGGCCGCUAGAAAUGUGCUCCUGAAGAAUAAUUACACCGCCCAGAUCUCAGACUACGGCAUCGCAGACCUACUUUACUCUGAUGACAAGAAGUACUUUUACAAUGAGGUCAAGACACCAAUAAAAUGGAUGGCCUUAGAGAGCAUCUUGUUUCGCAAAUACACACAUCAGAGCGAUGUCUGGAGUUACGGUGUGACAGUGUGGGAGAUGAUGUCCAACGGGGUAGAGCCGUACACUACAAUGCGUCCACAGGACGUUCCUGAUCUGCUGGAAAAGGGCGAGCGUCUGUCCCAGCCUCAAAUUUGCACCAUUGAUGUCUACAUGGUUAUGGUCAAGUGUUGGAUGAUUGAUGAGAAUGUCCGUCCAACAUUCAAAGAGCUGGCAAAUGAAUUUACCAGAAUGGCCAGAGACCCGCCUCGCUACCUGGUGAUCAAAGAGGAUUGCAGCCAACAGGAGUCCGCCCUGGAUGAACUCGCACAGCGGAGCGCAGACCUGGACGACUUGGACAUGGAUCUAGACAUUGAGCUGGUGGACCAGGAGGAGGGGGCGGUGGUAGAUGGUGUGACUCCAGUCCCCCACUACUUAUCUGAGUCCAGGAGCCUCAGUCGCCUCCCCAGGAUGGACACUCACAGAGUGAUUAUUCCUUCAUCCAGCGUGGCUGAAUACCUGCCUAUGACCCCAGGAUUUGACAACCCAGGACAGGCCAUGUGGCAGUCACGCUCUCGACUAAACUCAGCCCGCACUGUGUCUGAGAGCUCGGAGGGCUGUGGCCCAACAGUGGAGCUGGAGAUGAGUGAGGAAUUUUCUCUGACAGGGAGCCUGAAGAGACGACGUCAACGUGAGGACAGCGCUUACAUGUCGCAGAGGGACAGCUUGUCCGGCGGGCCACCAGAGACUCCAUCACCAGAGAUGGAUGAAGAGGACCAGAACGGAUACGUGCUUCCUGGAGAAAGCCCAGAGAGAGAUACCUUACUUUCCUCAUCUCAAGCCGCUCCUGGCAGAAUGGGCAAGUCUCAUUCGUCGAGCUUCCUGGAUGACCCAGAUGAGGAGGAAUAUGAAUAUAUGAACAAGCAGACCUGUGUAACAGCUGUGUCGCCCAGGCACAGCAGUCAUUGGCUGAAGCCGAACAAGAAGCGCACCUCGUCCGUAUCGUCACAUGCGACAGCAUGCUCAGGCGACACCACAUCAUCCGUGGAGGUCAGGGAAGCUCACACAAGGAGCAAUCACAACUCUGAUUCAGAGCAGCAGGGAUCUGAUGAAGUUGAAUAUGAAUACAUGGACAUCAGGGGUGAUGAAAAAGAUGAAAGCCCUCCAGCGCCUGACCCUCCUCCUCUUCCUCCUCCUCCUCCUCCUGCGACUCCUCCUCCGACACCAGCAAGUACGGUCAGAGAGGUGGAGAUUGCAGAGGAGGAAAAUGAGGAUGAAUAUGUGGAGGACAGUAACUAUCAUUACACAAACAGACAGCCAAAGCUGCGUCAAGCUCUUCAAGACAGGAAGGAGCUGAAGAUAGAGGGAAGGGAUGAGGGCGAGGCGUAUGAGUAUGAAGACAUGGACUCCUUUGCUGCCCUGGUCCCUGGAGAUGCAGUAGUGUACCACAACCUGCAGAGGGAGGGGGAGGGAGCAAUAGGGGGCACAGAGGCACAUCGAUCAGGGUUUGAACCCAAUGUGAAAGUGCAAGCUGGAGUUGGGGAACCUGCAGUUGCCGACAGAUCUUUUGACAAUCCAGACUACUGGCACAGCAGGAUGUUUCUGAAGCCCAAAGCAGUGCCUACAUGAAGAACCUUUUAAAUCUCAUUCCCUUUGAGACAUACUCAUGAAGGACCCAAAACAGGAAAUACAAUCAAAAGCCAUUAAUAAUGUAGCCUAUGACACAGUUUCAAAAACCCAACAUGUGUGACUUUUUCACAGCUUUGCUGUUGGUAUGUCUUUAUUUCUCAGGCCUAUGAUUUGGGGGUGAGAACGCUAACAGAAAUGAACAGAUUACAAGCUAUAUUUUUCUGUUUACAUUUUGAAAUGAACAAAGCUUUUUAUCGAGAACAAAAGUGUUAGUUUGGAGUUUGGAAAUUUAUGUUGUGAGACGUCUUUUAAUGAUGAAAUAUGAAAUACAUUUUCUAUUCAUUAAAAAUAUUUUGAAUAACUAUU